UUUAGAUGCCUUCCUCCUCAGUCCUCAGUGCAAGAAAGCAAAACAAACUUUGGUCUUCCAGUCUUCUCUUCUAAAACCCUAGCAGUGAAUCGGAGAAGCGAUCAAGCAGGAUGGACAAGAGCAUGAUUGGAGACAUGGACAAUCUUCCCGAGGAAGAUAAGAUUCGUAUGUCCGCCAUGAUUGACCAACUCCAAAUCCGUGACAGCUUACGGAUGUACAACAACCUGGUGGAGAGAUGCUUCACCGAUUGUGUUGAUACGUUCCGUCGCAAAACUUUGGACAAACAAGAGGAGACCUGCGUGCGUCGUUGUGCUGAGAAGUUCUUGAAGCAUUCGAUGCGUGUUGGCCUGAGAUUUGCUGAGCUCAACCAAGGCGCAGCUACCCAAGAUUGAGAUACAUCCUCCCGUUUCUGACAACGAUUUCUAGUUUGCAUAAAAUGUUCUCUUAAUAGGAGUUUUGCCCUCCCUCAUAGAUUUUUAAUUCAUUGGGAAGGAAAUGGUUAUUUAUUCCUGAGAAUGAUUUUGGAUUUUUCGAGUCUACUCUUGUUUCUUUGAAAUCCAUAUAUGGCAGGCGCCAAAGAAUGAAAAGUUUGCUUGUCUCGGCUCCAUUAUCUGUAUUAUUUGAAGGCAGUGUUUCUGAUUUUGGUAUUAACAUGAAUAAAUGCAGCUUUGCCUAAA